AUGGAAUACUCUGCCCGCCUUAACACUUACAUGCAGGCCUUCGACAAGGAGCCAACAUUCGGCGCGACUGCCUACGUAUACGCCUCUUCAACCGCGCAUUCGUCCGUUCCCUUUCCGGACGUGUCUUCCCCGGUCAUUGAUAGCAGUCCUGAGUCCACAUCCUCCUUCGAUUUCUUUGGCGAUGUUAUCUCGCACGCUACCCACUUCGGUUCAUCUGUCCUCUCCACUGAGUCCCUACUUGGUCUCAUGACUCCGUCUGGUACUUCCCUCGGUUUGCCCCAGGUUGGCCACAUAAACGAUGACACCUUCCGCGGUCGAGAUAUCUUGACGUCGCAUGCGUCGGCCUGCAUCUGGGACACCUUUGCAGGCGAGGCCGAUGGCUUGCCACUCCAGCUCUUCCCCAUCGGUCCGUCCGAUCGCCACGAUCAGGCCGCCUACUCCACUCUUUCCGGUGACGCCUCCUUUGGCUAUUACCACGAUGCGGCGGACGACUACCACCCUUUACAGAACCAGGCUCCCAUAGGCUCUUAUACCUCCCCACUACUUCCUGAGCUCUCCCAGGUUUCACCUCUAGUCCAGAUCUUUGCGCGGUCUGCCUCUCCCGUCCGCGCAUCUCGCACGAAAGCCACGAACGCCACGAACGCCACGACCGCACUAUCUCAGGAGCAGGACGCGGAAGGAGAAGGUGAUGCCUCAGAGUCGCAAGAUGAAUACGUGCCGUCGCGUCCUUCGCGCGCAAGGCCUCCGCGUCCAGCACCAGCACGUCGCCAGGGGCCGCGCACGCGUCGAUAUGCGCCAUACGCGCGCGCCGUAUCUCCUACUGUCCCUCCGUGCUCGUCGCAGCUGCAACCGCGGUUCCAACGCACCGCGCCACGGAACGAACAGUUCGACGGACCGUUACGUCCGCCACCGCAGGGCGCGACCGAUUGCGAGUACUGUGGGAUGUCCUACAAGCGGUGGUGUGACCUAGAUAGGCAUGUCCGGACCCACAGCAAGCAGGCUCUCAGGAUGCUCUGUGGUGGGCUGCCGGAGGCUGAGGCGAUCCGCGUCGGCGUCAGGGUGGAAACCAUGAUGCCGUUUGUGCAUGCAGGUGUGGAAUAUUAUGGAGGAUGCAUGAAGGAGUUCAGUCGUAAGGAUUCACUGUCACGCCAUCUUCUGCGUUCGCGGUCCUGCGUUGGGAGCCUUACCACAGAGUACAAUUUGGAGCGUGCAUGCAAAAGCGGAAUCAAAAAAUGCGCCCUGUACUCUCUGGCGUUCUAG